GGGCGGGGCUAUGUGACUCAUUCUGAUCACAAACUGACGUCACUGGGCGCUUUCUGACCGCAACAGACACCACCCGCGAACAAAAUCGUUCUUUUCCACCCCGUUAGUCGCUCUGCUGCCCGUUAAAUCAGUCGAAACGAUGUCGUCCCGCAAAGCUGCCGGCCGCCGCGUGGCCACCAAGAAGAGGGCCCAGCGGGCCACCUCAAAUGUCUUCGCUAUGUUCGACCAGGCCCAGAUUCAGGAGUUCAAGGAGGCUUUCAACAUGAUUGACCAGAACAGGGACGGCUUCGUCGACAAGGAGGACCUGCACGAUAUGCUUGCUUCCUUAGGAAAAAAUCCGACAUCUGAAUACUUGGACGGCAUGAUGAACGAGGCCCCUGGGCCAAUCAACUUCACCAUGUUCCUCACCCUGUUCGGCGAGAGACUGCAGGGCACUGACCCUGAGGACGUGAUCAAGAACGCUUUCGGCUGCUUCGAUGAGGAGAACGGCGGUCACAUCAACGAGGAGAGACUCAGGGAACUGCUCACCACCAUGGGAGACCGAUUCACCGAUGAUGAGGUUGACGAGAUGUACAGGGAAGCGCCAAUCAAGAACGGAAUGUUCGACUACAUCGAAUUUACGCGCAUCCUGAAGCACGGCGCCAAAGACAAAGACGAGCAGUGAGACGAUUUUCAGAGAUUGCCUACCGACUGCCGACGCAGUAUUUCCAAUCUCUAGUGAUCAACAUUCUUACUUGCUUUUAAACUUUCAGUUGGGACUAACUCGAAUGAUUCCAUAUUAAAUUAAUAAAUAAAUAUAUAAAUUUGUACUUAUAGCGUUUAUCGAAAUAACAAACAACCACUCAAAUGUAUAUGAAUUCCGAAAGGUGCAUUUCUAACCUUAAAACAAUAUCAUUUUUAUGUAACGUGUUGAAAUUAAAACCGAAUUUGGCUAGUAA